GCGGGAUCGUGGACCUCUUUGCUAUUCGCAGUGUUGAGCACAGUGCAUCCAGCUCGCUAUGAGCGCACGAAAAUUUAUUGAGGGGAUCUUCGCUCACCCUGUGGCCAACCAACAUGCCACCUGCCCAAGGAUCGGCUCGAAUCAGGAUCAGUAAUGUCGAGAACAGAGAAACGGUUUUCCAGCGACUCUUGAUCGUCCAAGGCUAUGUUGAGGGGUAUCAAAACGUCCGAGACACUAUACUGGUUCAACCAGGUCCAGCUUAUGAGCCUGUUGUUUGGCAAGUCAAUCAUGGACACUUCAAGGCUUUAGUUCCACUGUCUCCUGGCCCAAAUGAGCUCGCAUUCGAAGUCUUUGGCGGGGAUUUUGAGUACCCUGAUCACCUUCUUCAACGUCAGCCUUUCGUACAGGGACGGCUCUCGAUAUGGUUCCAACGCGAUCGAGGUGCACUACCUUUACAGCUUGCAAUCUUAGUCGCCUGCGAUAGUCCAGCGCUGAAUAAGCCGGGUGUAACGUCAGCAUCACAGCAGCCGCCUCCAACCAAAAAUCGAGCCUCAAAGCUAGUGGGCGAAUUUUCUCAGCAGCUGGCGAAUUCUCUGGUGCCAAGAAGCAUCGAUGAAGAUCGCCCGCUCGUCGAUGCACCCCCCGGUGAAGGGCGCGAAAAGCUUAAGAAUCUCGAUGAAGUCAAGCGGAGAUUUGCAUUGCAGGCGUAUCUGUGGCAGGCUUUCCAUGCAGAGCAGAUGCGACGCAUGUGCCUCGGUCCACGGACUUUUGCAUUAGAUGACGCUAAUUCUGAUGUUCAGCCAGAAUCAGGUGGCUAUCGCAAAGAUCUGUCCGAGUACCCAAAGGUUCACAUUCUUGUUAGUCGUCACACCACUAAGGAGAUCAGGGAUCCUGACAAUGCACAGCAAAACCAAAGAGCGAAAAAUCGGAGCAUCCAACAUCGAUUCGCGGGUGAAGUGCUGGAGGAGCCAGAAAGAUGCCCGCCGGAGCUCCGUAACAACAAAUCUGCGCCUAUUGCAGUCAUGACUCUCGAAGCAACGUGGGACCCGUGCUUGCGACUACUCCGAGGGCAUGCAGCUUUGGGCUCAUUCAGCCCAGAUUCGUGGAGCUUUGGCGUGAUGGGAUCGCACUGGUUGUGGAGCGCUCCCUCAAGCCUACAUGAGGUGACAAGUGCUUUUCAAAACUGCUCUCGGACGGAUACCGCAUACUGCAUAAACGAUCUCCUGGAAUGCGUCUAUCACUAUGAAACGCUCAAUGUUGGCUCCGGUGCGAUGAUGCAUGAAGUCGGCCAUGCUUUCUCCAAUCCUCAUUGGCCGUCUGGUCUUAUGGCGCGCGGAUAUGUGGAAUUCAACAGAGCCUUCAUGACAAGCGAAGGACCUCACUGCAAGCGGCCGGGCAACAUGAACCCCAUUACACCGGAAACUGACAGCGGCACCAACCAUUUGCACCGCGCCCAAGGCGUGCGUGCGCGGUGGCAUCCGGCAUUCGCUCUGCCUAGCGAUCCACCUUUACCAUUCAUGAACCGGGAUGGCGAUGCCUCUACAUGGAAGCACUGGAAGGAAGCCGAGCCAACUUGGGAGCCAACCAUGCAUGGCGCGAACUUCCGCUCGAAAUCAGGCAUUGCAAGCUUGGAAGUCUUUCUCGGAGACACGUACAAAACGCAUAUCGAGUUCACUGGUCUUCCAGAUGGUAAUCCUGUUCAACAGGAGAUGCUCAUCACCAACGAAUACCUUAGCAAAUGUGUUGGGUUCGAUGUAAGUUCACCAGCGUCGCCUAGCGUCAAUCUCACGGCUCUCGCGUGCAACAUGCGCGAAAUUCAAUUGCAAGACUUUAGGAACAAUGCAUACGCGUGCCCGAUAUCCUUACCUAGAGUACCCUUCACCGUGACAAAAGGCAUGUCUGUCGGCAAAGAAGACCCGUCACACCAGUGUUUCAUGCAUGUCUUUCGACAAAAUCUGUCGCAUGUCGUUAUUCGCGCGGGUGCGUUCGUGGAUGGCCUGGUCCUAUUUUACCCUGAUGGCUCGCGCGAGCUGCUAGGCUGCACUGGUGGCGAAGCCUUUAGGUUCGACCUCGCGCGUGGUGAGCAAAUCGCUGCUAUAGAAGUCAGGAGUGGGUUGUGGCUGGACGCAAUCAAUAUCAUUCUCUCAUCGGGCCGCCAGUCUGGGUGGCGCGGCGGUGAAGGGGGGAAUCUCAGGACGCUGCAGCCUCCUCGAGGCAGCAACACGGUGGGCCUUUACGGAAGCUCGAGUCAAUGGAUACAUACUCUUGGGUUGCUGUUGGCUUGACACCAGUUACCGCGCUGCGAUUGACUUGCUAGUAAACCUUGUGCGUUUUGAUGUAUUGUCCGGAAAGAAUCCACAUUC